CUGUCCCACAGGUUCUGCGAUGGUCUCUGCAACCCUCCCUGAGCCUCAGCAGCCGGAGCAUUCCCUCUCAGCCGGCCUCUGGUUCUCCUUCCCUACCCAGGCGCAGGCAGUGAUUCCCCCCCAGGCCAGGGCCUCCUAAAGUGGACAAGACUGCCAAGAUCUGCCCCGUGUCGAUCAUGACGGUCACCACCCGUGGCUCCCCCGUGGGGGGCAAUGAUAGCCAGGGCCAGGCACCCGCUGAUUCUCAGAGCCAGCCCCCACCCACACAGGCCCAGACGGUGUCCCCCAACCCGUCGUCCACGGAGCCGUCUCCUGUGAGCCCACCGGCGGCGGAUGAGGAGCAGGGCCAAGGAGACUCUGCCCCUGCUCUGGAGGAGAAGGAGCCUGCCUUCCCUCACACUGACCUGGCCAAGCUGGACGACAUGAUCAACAGGCCCCGAUGGGUAGUCCCAGUCCUGCCAAAGGGGGAAUUAGAAGUUCUACUUGAAGCUGCUAUAGACUUAUGUAAAAAAGGGCUUGAUGUGAAGUGUGAGGCGUGCCAGAGGUUUUUCAGGGAUGGCCUGACCAUCUCCUUCACUAAGAUCCUCACAGACGAGGCUGUCAGCGGGUGGAAGUUUGAGAUCCAUAGGUGUAUCAUCACCAACACACACCGGCUGGUGGAGCUGUGUGUGACCAAGCUUCCUCAGGACUGGUUCCCCUUACUGGAGCUACUGGCCACAGCCACCAACCCCCACUGCAAGUUCCACAUCUACAACGGCACGCGGCCCUCUGAGACCAUCCCCGCCGGGGCCACGCUGGCUGACGACGAGCUCUUCGCCCGCCCACCUGACCCUCGCUCACCCAAGGGCUGGUUGGUGGACCUGAUUAAUAAGUUUGGCACACUGAACGGGUUUCAGACUCUACACGACCGCUUCAUYAGCGGACAGGCACUCAACGUACAGAUCAUCGCUGCCCUCAUCAAGCCGUUUGGCCAGUGCUAUGAGUUCCUGACCUUGCACACAGUGAAGAAGUACUUCCUGCCAGUGAUCGAGAUGGUUCCUCAGUUCCUGGAGAACCUGACGGACGAGGAGCUGAAGAAGGAGGCCAAGAACGAGGCCAAGAACGAUGCCCUGUCCAUGAUCAUCAAGUCCCUGAAGAACCUGGCCUCCAGGGUGCCCGGUCAGGAGGAGACCGUCAAGAACUUGGAGAUAUUUAGGUUGAAAAUGAUCCUUAGGUUAUUGCAGAUUUCCUCGUUCAACGGCAAGAUGAAUGCCCUGAAUGAGGUCAACAAGGUCAUCUCCAGUGUGUCCUACUACACGCAUCGGCAUGGCAACCCCGAGGAGGAGGAGUGGCUGACGGCAGAACGCAUGGCGGAGUGGAUCCAGCAGAACCACAUCCUGUCCAUCGUGCUGAGGGACAGCCUCCACCAGCCUCAGUAUGUAGAGAAACUAGAGAAGAUACUCCGCUUCGUCAUCAAGGAGAAAGCCCUCACCAUGCAGGACCUGGACAACAUCUGGGCAGCGCAGGCUGGUAAGCACGAAGCCAUAGUGAAGAACGUCCAUGACCUUCUGGCCAAACUGGCCUGGGACUUCUCUCCAGAGCAGCUCGACCAUCUCUUUGAUUGCUUCAAGGAGAGUUGGACGAAUGCGAGUAAGAAGCAGCGUGAGAAGCUGCUGGAGCUGAUCCGUCGUCUGGCGGAGGACGAUAAGGAUGGAGUGAUGGCCCACAAGGUGCUCAACCUGCUGUGGAACCUGGCUCACAGUGACGACGUCCCCGUGGACAUCAUGGACCAGGCCCUCAGCGCACACAUCAAGAUACUGGACUACAGCUGCUCUCAGGACAGAGACACCCAGAAGAUCCAGUGGAUAGACCGCUUCAUCGAGGAGCUGCGCACCAACGACAAGUGGGUCAUACCUGCCCUGAAGCAGAUCAGAGAGAUCUGCAGCCUGUUUGGGGAAGCUCCUCAGAACCUCAGUCAGACCCAGAGGAGUCCUCAUGUGUUCUAUCGUCAUGACCUGAUCAACCAGCUGCAGCACAACCAUGCCCUGGUCACUCUGGUGGCUGAGAACCUGUCUGCCUACAUGGAGACCAUGAGACCGUUCUCCAAAGCUGAACACGCAGACUUUGACCCUCAGACGGUCAGAGUGGGCAGUCGCUACAGUCAUGUUCAGGAGGUCCAGGAGAGGCUCAACUUCCUGAGGUUCCUGUUGAAGGACGGACAGUUGUGGCUAUGUGCUCCUCAGGCCAAGCAGAUCUGGAGGUGUCUGGCUGAGAGCGCCGUCUUCCUMUGUGACCGGGAGGCGUGCUUCAAAUGGUACUCUAAGCUAAUGGGAGAUGAGCCAGACCUGGACCCGGACAUCAACAAGGACUUCUUUGAGAACAAUGUUCUGCAGCUGGACCCAUCCCUGCUCACGGAGAACGGCAUGAAGUGCUUUGAGAGGUUCUUCAAGGCAGUCAACUGCCGCGAGGGCAAACUAGUGGCCAAACGCAGGGCCUACAUGAUGGAUGACUUGGAGCUCAUAGGACUGGACUACCUGUGGAGGGUGGUGAUCCAGGGUACUGAUGACAUCGCCAGCCGAGCCAUCGACCUGCUGAAGGAGAUCUACACCAACCUGGGGCCCAAGCUGCAGGUCAACCAGGUGGAGAUCCACGAGGACUUCAUCCAGUUGUGUUUUGACCGUCUGAAGGCGUCGUACGACACGCUGUGUGUCCUGGACGGGGACAAGGACAGCAUCAACUGUGCCCGGCAGGAGGCCAUCCGCAUGGUUCGCGUGCUCACCGUGCUCAAGGAGUACAUCAACGAGUGUGACAGCGACUACCACGAGGAGAGGUCCAUACUGCCCAUGUCCAGGGCGUUCCGGGGGAAGCACAUCACGUUGAUUGUGCGUUUCCCUAACCAGGGUCGUCAGGUGGAUGACAUGGACAUCUGGUCUCACACCAAUGACACCAUCGGCUCGGUGCGCCGCGGCAUCCUCACACGCAUCAAGGCCAACGCCACGCACACCAAGAUAGAGCUCUUCAUUGGCGGGGAGGUCGUCGACCC